AUGAAGAGUGCAUUUUUAUUCGCCGGUUUCUCCGCCAUUUCCGCCGAGAGCAUCGACCUCGAUACUGCUAUUGAGAACUUGAGAGUGCUGAAUGAUUGGGUUGAGACUAGCCUUUAUGAGCAGGAAAUGGUAGGAACGAAGAUCGGCGACAGGAUGGAAAAAUGGCAGGGAGAUCUUCAAGAAGCUUUCCGAGCUGGGGCGAGUAGAAGUGAUUUAGGAAAACUUCUAUUUUCUGGAAGAAAGCUCAGGCUUGACUUGAUGAUUGACCAGGAAACAGCUUCCAAAUACGCCUUGGAGGAUUUGGAAGAAACUGGCUGCUACGGACACCCACUCCAAAAAGGCGAGACUGGGUACGCUGGAAAAGGACAACCGGCUGAUUUGAUCGAUGAGCUCUCAAAAUCACUCCUUUUCUGCUACAAAUGCGCUGCCAAGGAUCAUGGCUCAACUUGCAACGGCCGAGGAAAUUACAAUUCUAGCUUCAAUAAGAAGAAAGGAUCCGUUUGCCAAGAUAGACGUGAUACUUGUGGGCACACCAUCUGCCAGUGCGAUCUUCAGUUUGCUCAAGCUUUCGGAAAGAUGUCGAUUUCGUUCGAUGAAUCUUUCAGCACGAAGAACGGAUUCGACCGAGAAGCUCGAUGUAUCCCAAAGGCACCGAAAGACAGCUCCCUUGAAGGCCGAUCAGGAUCUUCUGGAAACAAAGCUCAAAAAUCAGCCGCAGCUGUGACAGAAUGUUGUGGAUUUGGACUCGGUCGAACUAUUUUCAAGGUUGACAAACAAGUUUGCUGCAAUGGCGAUACCGUCAAGCCGAUUGGAUCUUGCUGA